CGCUCGUCCGGGGCGCUCGUGAGUUGUGGUUGUAGUUGCACGUCCGUCCCUUGCCUCGCGAUGCAGCGGCCGUGGAGAUGAGCUGUGUGGUCUGUCUCGCUCGCACCCCCCGCCCCCCCGCACCAUGCCGCGCGUCGGCCCUCCCCGCGCGCGCCCUCUACGCACUCUAUACUUUAUUCUUCUCGGCUUCUUCCCUGCUGUGCUCACCGACCAGAGCAGCUCUGAGCACUCGCUCGCUUCUCUGGACGAAGCUGAGCUCCUCCGCGACGCUCCCCUCUACCCCCCUCUUCAAAGCUCUGACACGUAUCGCUUCGACUUCCAACCGACCCUACAAGAUGAUAAGCAAAACACCGAAAGUGAUCAAACGAAUAUAGAAACUGAAUAUUUUUAUAAAACAGACGAUUCUGUCCUAAAUCAACCUGAUGUAGAAAUAAGAAAUGUUAAAACAUUUGAUGUUAAUGAUGAACCAGAAACAAAUAUUGAAGAUAGUGUUGUAGUGGCGCCGGAACGCACUGAAAAAUUAGAGUUUAUCCAAGUUGUUGAACCGCAGAAUAAUGUUUUUGAAAUGUAUGCGAAUGAGAGAGAUUUUUUCACCCCAGAUAAUGUUUAUAAUAGUGAAAAUCCAUUUAAGACUAAUAUAGUAGCGAGCGAUCUGCCGAUAGAAACCAGGGAACCUAGUGCUGGUUUUAUAGUUGCACCGGGAUCAAAUUCCGACGAAGUGAAGAGAUUACUAGAUGACGAGGCUAAAGUGGAAGACGAAGAUGAUAACAAAGAACAGAAAUUAGAAAACACCGAUAGAGAAAAUGAAGAUAGAAUAAAACGCAGCAGUGGUCAGGCUUGGGAAAAACCAGCAAAGUCCCGCCGUGUGAAAACGGGCGACACAAUUUUGAACAUCCGAGGCGCGGUGCGCGACGCGAUCGGCGACGCGGGCGCCGCGCCCGGCCCGCGCGCCUCCUCGCGAGUGGACGCCUUCGUCAUCAGACCCUCGCCCGUCAUGAGAGACGAGCCCAGGGACCAGGCGAGGGAAGCGGAGUCCAGGAGGGAGAGACAGCCGCCGCAGCCACAAAAGUUGGAGAAAGAACUUCUAGUGGAAGCUCACGCGCGCGCCCGCAUCGCCUGCGACCUCGUCAAUGCUACCAACAUCCGAUGGUAUAAGGACAAUGAGCAAGUAACGCUCCCGGUGUCCGCGGAGAGCGCGGGCGGCGAGGCGUACCGGUCGGGCGCGGGCGAGGCGGUGGAGAUCCCGCGCGCGAGCCGCCACCACGCCGCCAAGUGGCGCUGCGGCGGCCGCGACCGCUCCGGCCGGCCCGUCGCCGGCCUGCCCACGCGACUGCGCAUAUACGAACCAGUCAGAUCGGUGUAUCUCGCAGUGGAUGGCAGAAGAUUAGACGCCGGCAACACGUGGGUGCCGGUGCGCGACAAAACUGUGUUGGAAGUGCGCUGUGUUGCUGAAGGUGGCGUGCCUCCACCUGACCUAUCAUGGCGGCUGCUCGCGUUGGAACCGGCGCUAGAUCACAGACCAUAUUUACGUAUACACCACACGAAUUAUUCAGUUGAGGGCAUGUCGUGGUCGCGCGUGGUGGUGACGGCGGCGCGCGAGCUGCACAACGCCACGCUGCAGUGCGAGGGCAAGCAGCGCAAGCCCGCGCCCGGCGCACACAACUCCUCCAACCACUACGACGUCAUGACCGCCAAGUUGGAAAUACAUGUCACUUACCCGCCGUCGUUCGUGAUCUCGCGCUGGCCCGGGUUCGGCGUGUCGCUGUGGGCGGGGCGCGCGGCGGCGCUGCGCUGCGACGUGGACUCCAACCCGCCCGCGCGCCCCGCCUGGACGCGCGACGCCGACGCGCCCGCGCCGCACACGUCGCCGGCGCCGAUGGAGAGCGCGGACGGGUCGGCCACGCUGCGCUGGGCGGCGCUGCGGCCGGCGCACGCGGGCUGGUACCAGUGCCGCGCCAGCUGGCUCGACACCGAGUACUCCUCCAUCGGCUACUACCUCAACGUGCUGUCCCCAGACGAGUCAGCGACGUCGGCGACAGAGACUAACGAGGAGCCAGUCCAUCAGAAAGUUGAAGUGCCACUCGGAGGGAACGUUCAGUUACAUUGUCCAAAGGGCAGCGUGGGGUGCUGGUGGCGGCGCGUGGUCGGCAACGCGAGCGACAACUGGGCGCCCGCCGGCAGCCACCACGCGCACGGGGUGCUCGGUAUAGCGGAGGCGAUGUGGGAGGAGGGCGGCGAGUACCGCUGCGUGGGCGCGCGCGCCGCUGAGCGCGAGCGGCUCCGCGAGCUCAAGCGGGUCACGCUCUCCGUCACCGGUGGCGCAACAGCAAAAACGAUAAGCACAGAGCCCGCACAGAACGGGUGGCGUCUAACUUGCGGGGUGUGCGGUCGGAACCUCCGCGUGUUGUGGGUCACGAGCGGUCGGUCCCAGCCCGCUAUACUAACCCCUGAUUUAUCUCAACACUGCUGGAGGGCGAUCCUCAUAACCCCCGACUCAGAAGAAGUGUGGUGUGUCGCGGUGUCUUCUAGCGGCGGGGCUGUGGCCGUGUUCCCCAAACGCAGCCUCGCGGCAUCUCUGUCCCCCGCCCGACACGCGGUCCGAGCGCUACAAUCCGGAACCCCCCGACUAGAUUCGACCCCUUUUCUACUGACCCCCUUUGUAUUUCUGCUAGCUUUUGUGUUAGUAUGAAAAUUGUGUUAUACGUAGUCAAUUUUAUGGUGAGAUAUAAUAAUGGGUAGUCAUGUUUUCUGUUCACUUGACUUUUAGUCAGAAUGUAGAAAUUGUUUUUGUAUGGAUUGCUUUGAAAACAUCGCUACCUGCUAUUGUAAUAAAGACUGUAUAAAAAUAAUCUAAAGUACGAUUUUUACUUAUAACUGUAGUGAUAAAUGUACGCAGUGUGAAUUUAUGUACCAUUAAAUUCACAUUACGUUCAUGAUAUAAAUGUGCUAGUCAUAUGUCUAUGUGAUACGAAAUAUCGUCUAGUAAAGUCAAUGUCUGUACUUAGGCUUGUAGUGUCUCCAUCUAUCUCUUGUAAGCUGUAGAUCCUUCUAGGGCUCAUGUGUAUUAGGUAUUAAGGCAUCUGACGUGACCUACAUUAUGUGUAUGUGUGUUUGUGUGUCACGUCGAACAUUUAUUACUGAAUGAAAAGAAAAUAUGUUUUUGUGAAAAUAAUAACUUUAAACCCCAAUAUUGUUAUUACUCUUGACAUAUAUAGGUUUUUUGUAAUACCCGCAGUCGUUAAAUAUGCAGCCUAUUGUAUUUUUUACGCGCAAGUUUUUUCGAUGUAGGGUUGUUAACCAUAAUAAUCAAUACCUACUUAUAGUCGUAUCUUAUAUUUAGUUCGCUCUUAAUACUUUUCUAUAAUAAUAAUAUGUAAUACUCAAAUAACCCUUUUUAUUCAAUAAUAACUGAUCGUCCAAACAUAGCUAAUACACACAAGUAUGCGUGUUAGAUUUCCCAAUUUUCUUUCUUUUCCUCUUUCCUUACAAAUGUGCCAAAUUGUUAUAUUUUUGUUAUGAAUGAGAUAUAUUAUUGUAUUUUUUCGUUAAUAUUGAAUGGAAUUCAAGUAAAAUGAACACCAAAUAAAAUUGUAUGUAAGAUAUAUGAUAAGUCGUGAAUAUUGUAUUCGGUGUAUUUAUAUUUAGAGAUGUCGGUCUCGUAUGUGAAAGCUUCAGGACCGGGGCUGAAAAGGGCUGUUUAGAAAAACUAAAUUAAACAUUAUUACAAAUAAAAUUAAGGAAUACUAAUAAAGUAUCAGCAAUAUAAUGGUUUCAUGCUAGAGUUUUAAUUUCUUAUUAAUAUUGCAUUUUAGUAUCUUCUAUUCAUACCACUCAAAUUUACGAUGAAAACUUUCUUUGUUUUUUAACGUAUUUUCAGUACAUUGAAUGAUUUAAGUAAUUAAUAAAAAUACUUACAAACAAAAAAGGUAUGCGAAGAAGCAAUUAAAAUAUUUAAGAAGUUCAUAUAAAUAGGCCACAGGGGUGUGCCAAUAAAUGUAAUGUAAUUAAACCGUAGAAUAUUGCUCGUGUAAAUGUAACUCUUGUAUACAGCCCUUAAGUCCUGCCUAUUGUAUUUCGAUGUCAAUUUUAGAAGGCCGCGUAGUUCGGCGACAUUUUUGUAUCAAAACAUUUGCUAACACAAUUUUUGCAAUAAUCAUAUAGAAUAAGAGAAUUAUAUCAAUUGUUCAAUGUUGAAAUGUUAAAGUAGAAACUUUCCUGUCUCCAUCUUCAUUCAGGAGUUAAUUGUUCUAAGAGUUUUGUGUUUGAACUUGCGACGGAUAACAAAGGUGAGCUAGCUUUGGAAUUCAGUUUAAUGCAUAUGAAUUAACAUAUUUUAAAGUGUUUCUAUCCCUCUUUCUACACGACUUUACAUACGAAUUAUGUACAGCCUUUAUGCUAAUACUCUUUAUUUUAAUGAUAAAAAUCAACUUUUGAUUCUCGCAAUUAAUUUCGUGAUAUUUGUUGACCAAUAUUAUUAUGAUUAACCAUUUUCUCAACUUACCUUUUAUUUAUCAUAAAAUGUCUUGGCGAGUGGCUAGUUCCAAAGACCAUGUGCUUAAAAUUAUACCAUUGAAAUAUAAAAUUAGCAUCAUAAAAGACAUUUAGGACAAUUAACUUCUCGCCAUCUUGAUAUUUUGGGUCAUUUUCACUUAAGCUGGGAAUUUAACAGGUUUAACUGAAACGAUUAUACUAAUGAUGCUCUUAUCCCGUACUUAUUGUAAUUUCAUACGAGAUUUGUGAAAUGUGAAAUUGAUCCAAAAAUCGUUCUUUCAUAGAUUGGUAUACGUUGUGGUUAACAUCACAUCGCUGCAAACCACCGUAUUUACGUUUUUUUUAUGAAAACGACUCGUACUUAAAAUGUUUAUCGUUCAUUUAGUAAGGAGUGUUAAUAUCAAAGUAAUAUCAAUGAAUAUAUAACAUUGAAUUAAUAAUGUACGUGAUGUGAUGUUUUAGCUACUAUAUAUACGAAUAAUCAGAAAUAUUGUUGUUAAGAAUUGUGCUACGGGCUCUGGGGCGCGUUGUUGAAAUUAUAAUUAAGUUAGAGUUAGAGGUGUAUUUUUGUACUCUCGAGUCAAUUCAAAGGGAAAUUUAUUGAUCAUUUGUACCUGUUAUUUGAUCCGUCCAGCGGUCGACGUAGAGACGUAGACGAACUUAUUUAUAAUCUUGGAAAAAAUAGGUUACUUUAGUAAUUUGAUCUUUAUACCGCUUUCUUAGAGUGCUCAGACGAAAAAAAAAAACUAUGGUAAAAACAGAAUCCUAAACAGUAAUGUUUUUGAAAUGGUAAUAAAAAUUCGUUGUUAAAAUGAUACGUUAAAACAUGUAAAACCUACAAUUUUUCUAAGAUUAUACAUAAUGUUUAAGUAGACCCUUCCUUGCUCUUGUCUAAAAUUUCCAUAUAUGCAGAUUGUACAUUAAUAUAUUACGAUUAAUGACGUAGGAAGAAAACUAGAAUCUUUUCCUUAAAUUAUAUUAAUAAAUUCAUAAAUCAUAAAUUGUUUUUUAAUAAGUAACUAACUACGUCGCGACAAAAGUAUAGAUUUUCAUAAAAUGUCGACGCAAUGAGUUUUUAUGCAAUAAGUUUUUAAAACUUGACGUUUUGUAUUUAAGCGUAUAAUAUAUUUGAGAGAAAAUGAAUGAGAUUCAGUAAAACGAUAAACUUUCACACGCUCGAAAGUUUAAAAGAUAUUUCGCGGAACAUUUAUGAACUUAAAUGAGAAGUCGUUUACGUUAAGACAUUCGCGAGUUUUAUUAAUGUUAAACUGGAAAGAUUUUUAACAUUUAGCUAACUGCGUUGCUAACUGACAAUCUAGUUGUGGAACAGUUCCUCAUUUUAAAACUUAGAUGAAAUCUUUAGAUGCCCUUUAUCAACAGAGACUAUUAUCUAGUUAAUAUGAAGAUAAUAUGAACGAAAAAGCAAUAAAUUGAGUUACUUUAUAGCAGUAGUAAGCUUUUCAGAUAUUUGUUUUAUCAACUCUACGUACAAAAACAUGCGUGUACUAUUUCACUGCUUUGAAUGAAUUGUCAAGGGUAUUAAUCGUAAUAUAUUGAUAGCUUUUAUCGACGUCUUAUCCUAUUUCUGGCUCCCCUAUCUAGAGGCUUUGCGACCCCAGAGCCCUUAUAUCAUACGUUCCAAUGUUACUGCUAUAUAUGCCUGGAUCUCGUAACGCGGCUCGCAUUUGGCCCGCUCAAUGUCUGCCAUUGUUGUUGAUUAUUUGGCGUGUCGAAUGCGUUUGGUGUAACGCGAUUCUCGACAGGCAGAUCUGUAGUAUCGGCUUAUGGAUGUGCUCAACUAUAUGGCUGGUGUUAAGCGGUAAAAACAUCGAAUCAUUUAGAAAUUUUGUACUUAGCGUCCAUUGACGAACGUCGCAUUGGUGCCAACAUAAUAGAUAUAUUUACAUUUUAUUAUACAUUUUAUUGAUUUGAUAUUAAUGUACAUACCAUAAUCAUUGCAAUGUAUGGAAUCAGAAUAAACGAUGUGAAAUUA